GUUUUACAAGUACGCCUUUAAAAUCGAAUGAGAGCUAUGAUUGCUCCUCUUGAUUCGCACCAUAUAUCGAUGAGUCGCUACUUGUUGAUGCGGAGCGCUCCUGAUACCUCGUAACUCAUACCGCUAGCCUGAUCGAUCGAUGGGUUCAAACCCAGGAUUCUAUCGUUCCUAAGAGAUCAUUCUUUGAAUUACCCUUUGCUGGUCAACCCAAGAUCAUUCUACCAGAUAAUCUCUCAACUUCUUUUUGAUUCCCUAGGCCACACUCGAGUACGUCGAAUUCACUUGCACGUGACACAUAUUUCUUGGAGUCGUUGACGUCUUCGAUCAUUUCGAGGUCUUUCAACAUACAAACAAAACAAUGAAGCAAUGCCAUUACCAACACCUGGUCCUGCAAGUACUGGGCUUACUAUAACUAAUCCACUUGUUUUAUAUCGAGCUCUUCUCGCCACAAAAGUUAUCGACCCAGACCCUGCACAACAUAGAUUGGCUUUGGAGCUUCAAAAGCUUUAUUUUCGAUUAAAAGAUUAUUCUCCCAACACCGAAUAUGGUACUCGACUCAAAGCGAUCAGUCGCCUGGUCGACAAUGUGCCUAAGGCUCGGGAUGAUGGGAGGUCGGUAGCAGUGCCUGGCCACCCAUUGAGGAGAAAUCCAUUAUUUUCUCAUCUUUUCCCUGAUAAGUCGGAUCGAGACAGUAAAGCAUUAACACGUGUGCUCACGAGCCACGAGACUGCUAUCAACAUAGACUCUCCCAAAGGCCUUUUGCUUCACGGCGAGGUUGGGACAGGGAAGUCAAUGCUUGUCGACCUCCUUGCUGACAGUCUUCCGAAUCGAAAGAAAAGAAGAUGGCAUUUCAACACUUUCAUGCUCGAAACCCUUGCGCGGUUAGAACAGCUCAGACAAGCUCGUUCAGGAUCCAGGGCGGUAGAUGGAGACACGGAGCAUUCGUUACUUUGGCUUGCAAGGGACAUGAUAGACAAAUCUCCUAUUCUGUUCUUAGACGAGUUUCAGCUACCUGAUAGAGCAGCAAGUAAGAUUUUGAGUAACCUGUUCACAACAUUCUUCCAACUUGGUGGAGUGCUUGUUGCGACCUCAAAUCGAAUGCCUGAUGAAUUGUCAAAAGCGAGCGGUAUGGAUUUUGCUGUACCACCAAGAGGAGGCUUUGUAAGAAGUUUCCUGGGGUUUGGAGAAAAAGGUAAACUGGAAAUGUUCCCCUCGAAUAAUGAGUAUGCGGGGUUCGUGGAAGUCCUCAAAGCACGUUGCGAAAUAUGGAACAUGGAAGGAGGUCGAGAUUGGAGGAGGAGAGAGGCAGAGGAAAUGGAUGCGGAAGCGUCAGAGAUCGCAGAGAGAAUGAGAGAAGAGAUGGUUGGAGGCUUUCCAGCUGAUGGUCGCUCCAGCACAAUUUCAGGCCAUUAUCAGCAUUCUGGACAUUCCGAUAGCGCCAACAUCGAAGAUGUGGAGGAGAAAGUUAUAAAAGCGACAAAGCCGAAGAGAUAUUUCUUGGCUUCUCCUGAUGAUAAACCAGCCUGGCAUGACGCAGUGCUGGCUACCUUACCACCAGACACAAACGAAUCAACUCCCUGGCAGUCGAGUACACUUCUUGUGUAUGGAAGGAAGCUUCAUGUCCCCAGACAUUACCAUGGAGUGACCUACUGGUCUUUUCCAGACCUCUGUGGAUGGACAUUCGGCCCAGCAGACUACAUCACUUUGGCGUCCACAUUCCAUACCCUGAUCCUCGACGAAGUUCCAGUCUUGACUCUACUGCAGAAAAACGAAGCGAGACGUCUCAUAACGCUCCUGGAUGCACUUUAUGAAGCUCGUUGCAAGCUCCUGAUUAGAGCUGAGGCUGGUCCAGACGACCUCUUCUUUCCAGAAGCACAAGGCAGUCCAAGUGUCCUUGGAGAUGCAAAUACGCAACGAGAUGAAAACGAUGGCGGUGACGCAGUCUAUCCCGAGACGCUUUCCGAAAUCUAUCAGGACCAAACAUCACCGUUCCGACCCAAUGUGUCUUCAUAUACGGAUGAGCCACGAACUGGCUAUGAUCCAGAUGAAGACUCGGAUUUUGAUCCGCUUCCUGGGAAAGGCAACGAGAAUGGACGAACGGUCGAUUUCGGUAUGACCAGUUCCUUCACUGGAGAAGAUGAGCGAUUUGCAUAUAAGCGUGCUAGAAGUCGAUUGUGGGAGAUGUGUGGUGCGAGGUGGCAUGCUCGUUUGGAGCCUGGUUGGUGGCGCCCAGUACCGCUCGAAGUUCGUCGUUGGGAGCGAGCGUCAUCGUCUCCAGUGUCUGCAAGUAGUUCUCGUGUAGAAAGCGAUGUGAAGCUGGGAGAAUCGAUCGAGCUUGAUCGACCAGCUGGAUUGCAAGGUAAGGAAAUGGAAGAGAGGGAGAAGUUCGCUUCGAGUCCGUUUCGAGAAGCACGAGAACCGCCGCCAAAGAUUGGUUGGACUCAUGCUUGGGGAAUGAUGAAAUGGGGCAAGAGAGCAGGAACUCGGGGACAAGGUCCAGAUGGACUGGGAACUAAGAGCGAGAACGACCAUAAAUAAUUCCAUGAAUAUUCCUG